CUCACAUGAAAUUAUCAUCGAAGGAAUAUUGAAUUUUUUAUUAAUCCGCUCUCCAUUAUUUUUAUACCUAUUUUCUAUUCACCUGCCAAAUUUCCUCAAAAAAAAUGUGCCGCAAAUAUCUUUCUACUCCUCGCAAAAAAGCAAAAUAAAUAAUCAACUUUAAUUAAUGGAUGCUAUAAUACAAUUGUUCCAAGAGCACGUUUCACCAGAAAAGCUCCAGAAGUAUCGUUUGGAAUGGGAAAAUAUCACCAGCACAAUAGUAGUUGCACUUUCCAAACCAAUUUUAGAAAAACCAGAAUUAAAAAGCGUUUUUUCUCCAAUAAACCAAUCAUCUUUUUCUAAUAUUGAAUCCAAUAAUGCAAAAAACGUCACAAUUUUACAUGAAACAAACUUGCCAAUGGUAACAUUAAACAGUUCAAAUCAAAAUUUAGACAAAUCUAUUAUUAAUAUAGAGGACAAAGCAGUUAUAGAAACUGCUUUAAAUGAUUCAUCUAUCUCAAGCAAAGCAUCAUCUGAAAUUGAAAAAGUUACUAAGUUGCAAGAAACUAAAGUGUCAACUGUUGAUCCUGCAUGUGUGAAUGUUUCAACUCAAGAUUUAAACGAAUUAUUUUUCAGCAAUAAAGUUGAAAUCAUAGCUAGUGGUAGUAAUGUUGAAGGUGCCAGCAUGGCACGACUGUUUUUUGAAGACAGUCAAAGAGAGAUAGAGUUAGACGUAAUGUAUCAGGUAGCACAAAUUAAUAGAAUAUGUUUAGAGCAGUGCAAUAAAAGCAAUCCUAUGUUUGUUCAUAUUUUGUUGGAAAUGGACCCAAAUGUAAUAAAUGAAUGUGCAAGGAGGUAUGAGGAAGACUGUUCUAAAUUUGUUGAAUGCGAUAAUAAGAAUUUCAAAUCAUAUCUUUGCAGUGAUGUUCUAAAAUCUGAAGCAAAAUUUUUCCUUAAUUCCGUGUCUCCUGAUUUUUUAAAACGCUUUGGAGGUUAUGCACCUUGUACUGUUCAUCCCGAAUGGAACUCUAAAGAUGCUGCCGGAACAUUUAAUAUAGUAUUUUCCAAUGACCCUAAAUUCACUGGUAAACGUGAAAGCAAUCCUCAAGAAACUGUAAAACACGUUUUUAAUGAAGUUGUUAAUAGUUCUGCAGAGUUUGAGCAAAAAGCCAAAAGUAUGUUAGAAACACUUAUACGGAUUCAACACAAUUUUCUAGAAUCAAGAUUGACUGGAAAAACAAAAGUUGAACAAAUAAGUUUAGCAACUGAAUGGUCAAACCAAUGUUUAUUAUUGACGGAUACUUUGUGUGAUCAUCGCCAAGAAACUAUAGCUUAUACUCUUAGACAACUUAUAGGGUAUGAAACAAAGGAAAUGACUGAGAGUAUACGAUUUCCUAUCAAGAAAAAAUUUGAAAACCAUAUAUCAAAAUUGAAUAAAUUUUUAGAAGAACCAAAUUCAGAUGAAUCUGAACAAAUAUUGCGUGACUUUGAAACUGAUGCGAAACUCCAACAAUCUAUUACCGGUUUUGACACGUUUCUAAGGGAUGAAUUAUUUUUUAUAAAAACUGUACGUUUUGCUCAGAAAGAAGAAGAUUCUAAUAAUAACGUUAAUGAAUUGUUAAUUUUUUCAGAAAAGUAUGUAUCAAAAAUCUCAAUUGAUUUUGUUUUUUGUUUAAGAUGUAAUUUUUGGCCGGUAGUUGCUGCAGAGUGGCUUGAAAGAGAAAGACUCUGGCCGGAGCAAGCAACCAUCAAAAAUAUAGUUACAAAUGGGAUACACGUUGUUUGUAAAGAACUUCAACAUAGUGCUAUUGACUGGCGACUAUCAUUCUCAGUUGCCGAGAUAGAAAUCGCUAAGCUAUGGACAACCUGGCAACAUUACAUUUAUUUUAUUUUUAAAAGUCUGUUUUACAAAUAUCUUAAGCCUUUGUCAAACAAAGGUAUCAAAGUUAUAACGUCAUAUUUGGUUAAAACUGUUAUGCUAAACGUUAGCGAAAGUUUCGAACAGUCACAUUGGUGUAAAGAGAAUGCUGGCGAGUGUCUGCAUGUGUUGUUAAUGACAUUAAUCUCUGCUUUCGAAAGUAAAAUUUUACGACAUCAUUUUAUACCCACGUUUAAUUUACUUCACGGGGCGUCAAGUGAUAAAGAAACAGAGCAAGUUUUAGAUAAAGCUGCUGAUAUAUUAUGUUCGCUGCUAAAAAGCUCAGAAGACAUACCUUCAAACUUAUCAGCAACUUUCGAGAUCAUAGUAGAAUUUCUAAAGGUUUUAGAAAGACAAACAGAAAUGAAAACUCGAAUAAACGAUGAGUUAUUGCCAUUCAUGAAGCAAUUAUGAUUUCAAUAUGUGGAUAAAGUACUUUUUUAAAUGAACUUUUUUACCCAGAAAGCUUUUUGAGUUUGUAUUAAUUUGUUUACAACAUGACUAUUUUCUAAAGUUUUAAAAUAGCUCUCAAGUAUAAUAUUUUGCAAAAACAUAUUUUAUCAUAUGAGCAAAAACCAUAUAGCUGAUAUGCGCAUUUAUUACCUUCGUAUUAUAUUGCGACUUAAUACAUUAUGUUAUGAACAUUAUAAUAUUAUAGUUUAUUAUUUUAUGAUAUUGGCCAUAAGUAAGUGAAGAAAAUGUUAACGAACCAUACAGUGUGGUAUGCGGUCAAACGCGCAUUGUUUAACACCUGUUUCAUUAUAAUAUUUUAAUAUGCUUAUAUAAGUUUUAUAAGAGCGAGUUAACAAAAACAUGAUUUUUGACAUAUCGAAGUUGACGAGAUUGAUUCAAGGUCGGCGAUUUUUAGGCUGAUAACACUGAAAGCUUUUAUUUUUUAUCAGUGACUGAUAUAUUUUGCAAUAUUAUCUUUUUUUUUUUUUAGUUUUGAGCUGCCUAAGAGUACGUAUCGUAAAAUAUUUCGGGUAAUAAGUAAACCCAAAACUGCGUGUUGUACUUUCUUUAAACACAAUCACAUUAUACUAUUCAA